AUGGCAGCACCUUCGCUUUAUGCUUCUUCUUCUUCUUCGUCUUCGUCUUCGAAUCCAUUUUUAACACCGAUAGUAACCGAAGAACAGUUUAAAAUUUUUCAUAACAUCGAUCGUGUUCUUUACAAAAGGCUUGUUCUUAAUCUUGAUCGUGAUUCUACGCAGUCCAUGCAAGUUCUAGGGUUUUGGAUUUGGCUUGAAAGAUCAGGGCAUGUUAGUAAUUUUGUCAAGAAAAUGCUGUCUUUGCCUGAUACUCUUAUAAACUCCAUGGCGGAUGAAGCUGUGAUUUGCUUGAAUUGUAUCGAAAGUGAUGAGAAUUUUUAUUAUAAUUAUGCUACUAGCAAUGAUAUUAUUCCUUUGAUUCAUUGCGUUACGAAAACGGGUGUUUCGCUUCAGUUUUUUCACGAAAAUCGAUUGAAUAUUCUUCGCGCUGUGUCGAAAAUUGUUAGUCAAGUUUGUUUAAGAGCUUUUGAAGAUAUUCUGAAACAAGCAGAGAAAUUGAAGAGUAUGGUUGGCGGGAAACAAGAAAUGACGAAAAUGCCCUUUGGGUAUUAUGGUCAUUCAGUGACUAAUAAUAGUAGUAGUAAUAAUCCUGCUGUGUUGCCUAUGUCUUAUGAGUAUAAUACUAUUCAUCAUCAACUGGGGAAUUCUCAAUUCAAGGCUAGUGGAGGAGGAGGGUAUUCAGGUAAUUUGCUGCAUGGUUUUGAUUCUUAUAAUAAUGAUUUGGGUGUUCAAAGACAGGUUAUGGAUAUUGGAGAUUUAUUGAGGAAUAUUCAGAUUAAUAAUUCAAGUGAAGAAGAGACGGAUUUUAUGAAUGUUCCUAUGGAUGAUAGGACUAUUUUCUUGACAUUUUCUAAAGGGUACCCUAUUUCUGAAGAUGAAGUUAAAGAUUUUUUCACAAGAAAAUAUGGUGAUUGUAUUGAAGCAAUUCACAUGCAAGAAGUAACGGUAGAAGAUCAUCAACCGCUAUAUGCACGUCUUAUUGUUCGAUCUUCUACUCUUGUUCAUGUUUUUCUUGAAGGCCAAAACAAGGCCAAGUUCUCUAUCAAUGGAAAACAUGUCUGGGCUCGAAAAUAUAUUAAGAAAAAUCCGAGGAUGUCGUCUUCAUUGUCGCCCCCACAACCAUCGUCGCCAUCGUGGCCGACUUCUUCGGCAGCACCUUGA